AUGACAGUUCAGAGCAGGGGGCAGUACUGUGGGGUAACAGCAGGGGGCAGUACUGUGGGGUCACAGCAGGGGGCAGUACUGUGGGGUAACAGCAGGGGGCAGUACUGUGGGGUCACAGCAGGGGGCAGUGUGCAGUCCUGUGGGGUCACAGCAGGGGGCAGUGUGCAGUACUGUGGGGUCACAGCAGGGGGCAGUACUGUGGGGUCACAGCAGGGGGCAGUACUGUGGGGUCACAGCAGGGGGCAGUACUGUGGGGUCACAGCAGGGGGCAGUACUGUGGGGUCACAGCAGGGGGCAGUCACAGCAGGGUGGCAGGUGGGGUCACAGCAGGGGGCAGUACUGUGGGGUCACAGCAGGGGGGGCAGUACUGUGGGGUCACAGCAGGGGGCAGUACUGUGGGGUAACAGCAGCAGUACUGUGGGGGCAGUACUGUGGGGUCACAACAGGGGGCAGUACUGUGGGGUCACUGUGGGGCAGGGGGCAGUACUGUGGGGUCACAGCAGGGGGCAGUACUGUGGGGUCACAGCAGGGGGCAGUACUGUGGGGUCACAGCAGGGGGCAGUGUGGGCAGUACUGGGUGUGUGGGGUCACAGCAGGGGGGGCAGUACUGUGGGGUCACAGCAGGGGGCAGUACUGUGGGGUCACAGCAGGGGGCAGUACUGUGGGGUCACAGCAGGGGGCAGUACUGUGGGGUCACAGCAGGGGGCAGUACUGUGGGGUCACAGCAGGGGGCAGUACUGUGGGGUCACAGCAGGGGGCAGUACUGUGGGGUCACAGCAGGGGGCAGUACUGUGGGGUCACAGCAGGGUAGGGGCACAGUACUGUGGGGUCACAGCAGGGGGCAGUACUGUGGGGACUCUUCAUCACUGUCUGUCUGUACAGGAGUCUUCAUCACUGUCUGUCUGUACAGGAGUCUUCAUCACUGUCUGUCUGUACAGGAGUCUUCAUCACUGUCUGUCUGUACAGGAGUCUUCAUCACUGUCUGUCUGUACAGGAGUCUUCAUCACUGUCUGUCUGUACAGGACUCUUCAUCACUGUCUGUCUGCACAGGAGUCUUCAUCCCUGUCUGUCUGCACAGGACUCUUCAUCCCUGUCUGUCUGCACAGGACUCUUCAUCACUGUCUGUCUGCACAGGAGUCUUCAUCCCUGUCUGUCUGCACAGGAGUCUUCAUCACUGUCUGUCUGCACAGGAGUCUUCAUCACUGUCUGUCUGUACAGGACUCUUCAUCACUGUCUGUCUGCACAGGACUCUUCAUCACUGUCUGUCUGCACAGGAGUCUUCAUCACUGUCUGUCUGCACAGGAGUCUUCAUCACUGUCUGUCUGCACAGGAGUCUUCAUCCCUGUCUGUCUGCACAGGAGUCUUCAUCCCUGUCUGUCUGCACAGGACUCUUCAUCACUGUCUGUCUGCACAGGAGUCUUCAUCCCUGUCUGUCUGCACAGGAGUCUUCAUCACUGUCUGUCUGCACAGGACUCUUCAUCACUGUCUGUCUGUACAGGACUCUUCAUCCCUGUCUGUCUGCACAGGAGUCUUCAUCCCUGUCUGUCUGCACAGGAGUCUUCAUCCCUGUCUGUCUGCACAGGAGUCUUCAUCACUGUCUGCACAGGACUCUUCAUCACUGUCUGUCUGCACAGGAGUCUUCAUCCCUGUCUGUCUGCACAGGAGUCUUCAUCACUGUCUGUCUGCACAGGAGUCUUCAUCACUGUCUGUCUGCACAGGAGUCUUCAUCACUGUCUGUCUGCACAGGAGUCUUCAUCACUGUCUGUCUGCACAGGAGUCUUCAUCACUGUCUGUCUGCACAGGAGUCUUCAUCCCUGUCUGUCUGCACAGGACUCUUCAUCACUGUCUGUCUGCACAGGAGUCUUCAUCACUGUCUGUCUGCACAGGAGUCUUCAUCACUGUCUGUCUGUACAGGAGUCUUCAUCACUGUCUGCACAGGAGUCUUCAUCACUGUCUGUCUGUACAGGAGUCUUCAUCACUGUCUGUCUGCACAGGAGUCUUCAUCACUGUCUGUCUGCACAGGACUCUUCAUCACUGUCUGCACAGGAGUCUUCAUCCCUGUCUGUCUGCACAGGACUCUUCAUCACUGUCUGUCUGCACAGGAGUCUUCAUCACUGUCUGUCUGUACAGGACUCUUCAUCACUGUCUGUCUGCACAGGAGUCUUCAUCACUGUCUGUCUGUACAGGAGUCUUCAUCACUGUCUGUCUGCACAGGAGUCUUCAUCACUGUCUGUCUGUACAGGACUCUUCAUCACUGUCUGCACAGGAGUCUUCAUCCCUGUCUGUCUGCACAGGAGUCUUCAUCACUGUCUGUCUGCACAGGAGUCUUCAUCACUGUCUGUCUGUACAGGACUCUUCAUCACUGUCUGUCUGCACAGGAGUCUUCAUCACUGUCUGUCUGCACAGGAGUCUUCAUCCCUGUCUGUCUGCACAGGAGUCUUCAUCACUGUCUGCACAGGAGUCUUCAUCACUGUCUGUCUGUACAGGAGUCUUCAUCACUGUCUGUCUGUACAGGACUCUUCAUCCCUGUCUGUCUGCACAGGAGUCUUCAUCACUGUCUGCACAGGAGUCUUCAUCACUGUCUGUCUGCACAGGACUCUUCAUCCCUGUCUGUACAGGACUCUUCAUCCCUGUCUGUCUGCACAGGAGUCUUCAUCACUGUCUGUCUGCACAGGACUCUUCAUCACUGUCUGUCUGCACAGGAGUCUUCAUCACUGUCUGUCUGCACAGGACUCUUCAUCACUGUCUGUCUGCACAGGAGUCUUCAUCCCUGUCUGUCUGCACAGGACUCUUCAUCACUGUCUGUCUGCACAGGAGUCUUCAUCCCUGUCUGUCUGCACAGGACUCUUCAUCACUGUCUGUCUGCACAGGAGUCUUCAUCCCUGUCUGUCUGCACAGGACUCUUCAUCACUGUCUGUCUGCACAGGAGUCUUCAUCCCUGUCUGUCUGCACAGGACUCUUCAUCACUGUCUGUCUGCACAGGAGUCUUCAUCCCUGUCUGUCUGCACAGGACUCUUCAUCACUGUCUGUCUGUACAGGAUCUUCAUCCCUGUCUGUCUGCACAGGAGUCUUCAUCCUGUCUGUCUGCACAGGAGUCUUCAUCACUGUCUGUCUGCACAGGAGUCUUCAUCACUGUCUGUCUGCACAGGAGUCUUCAUCACUGUCUGUCUGCACAGGAGUCUUCAUCACUGUCUGUCUGCACAGGAGUCUUCAUCACUGUCUGUCUGCACAGGAGUCUUCAUCACUGUCUGUCUGCACAGGAGUCUUCAUCACUGUCUGUCUGCACAGGAGUCUUCAUCACUGUCUGUCUGCACAGGACUCUUCAUCACUGUCUGUCUGCACAGGACUCUUCAUCACUGUCUGUCUGCACAGGAGUCUUCAUCACUGUCUGUCUGCACAGGACUCUUCAUCACUGUCUGUCUGCACAGGAGUCUUCAUCACUGUCUGUCUGCACAGGAGUCUUCAUCACUGUCUGUCUGCACAGGAGUCUUCAUCACUGUCUGUCUGCACAGGACUCUUCAUCACUGUCUGUCUGCACAGGAGUCUUCAUCACUGUCUGUCUGCACAGGAGUCUUCAUCAUCUGCUGGCUGCCGUUCUUCCUCACCCACGUCCUGAAGGCGCACUGCUCCAGCUGCUGCAUCACGCCGUCGCUCUACAGCGCCGUCACGUGGCUGGGUUACCUCAACAGCGCCGUGAACCCGGUCAUCUACACCACCUUCAACAUCGAGUUCAGAAAAGCCUUCAUGAAGAUCCUCCACUGCUGA